UGGAACGGCCAAUCCCUGCUAGUACACCUCACCGGUUCUGCGCUUGUUGUUUUGAAACUUCCAGGAUGGGUUUGUAAGUGGGCAGACGAGGGUCCCCCUAAUGCAGAUACCUCUGCCCUAAAGGGUCCGGGGGAGGGGAGUGUCCCAUGACCAGCCCAGAGCCUGGAGAGCAACUUCUCCCUCCCUUUGCACUUUAAUUUUUUUCUUUGCAGGGGUGGAUUGUUGCGUGUCAGAAGGACCCCUUUGCCUCAAGGCAGUGCAGGAUGCGGCCUCUGCCCCCAAGAGGCUGGUGCACAGCAGCGAGGACAGUGGCCGGGAGCUGGCAUCGGUUGUUGAAAGGUGGAGGCGUAACUGGGCAAAGCUCGUGGACUGGCAGCUGCCAGCAGGCUCGCUGGUUUGCCGCCAGUCCUUGUCGUUGCAGCCAGCCCGAAGCGAGCAAGCGGAAGGGCAACAAGCCUCUCAAAGAGUGGACUCUGGUUGUCGGCCCCUAUGGCCUCCUGAAGGCACGGCUCCCUUGCCACGUCUCUGUGCGCCCUUUGGACCCACACAAGUACCCCGAUGCAGACAGAGUGUUUGUGACGGUGCGUGGGGCGACUGCUGGCCCCGCGCACGGUGCAGAUUUGGAUAGUUUGCAUGUGAAGUAUGAUGAGGUGCUAAAGGAGAUUACGAUCAUCUCGGAAGACAUGGACGGCACAGCCUCUGUGGAUGUGAGGACCCCCAUAAAAUUUGACUUGGAUAUCAAGACAUCAGGGAAUGGCUGUGUGAAGACUGAGAAAAUUGAAUGUAACAGCUGCAGAAUAGAGACAGAAAAGGGAACGAGCAUCUUGCGGUCAAUAAAGAGUCAUAAAAUUGACAUUCAAGCUAAAGGAGGGAAAGUUAUCUGCCUGGGAACUCUUCAAGGAAAUGCUGAUAUUCAUGUGUCACAAGAAAGUAGUGUGAAUAUAGAAAAGCUCCAAGGGUCAUCUAUUCACAUUUCUACCGAAAAUGGUUUAUUAAAAGCCAAAUAUCUUUAUGCAGAAUCUUCAUUGCUCUCUUCAACAGCUGGUGACAUUCUGCUGGGGAAUGUUCAUGGAGAUACAACCCUUCAAACAAAAACAGGAAACAUCACAGUAGAUUCCUCCGAAGGAUUCCUGAAAGCUUCUACACAUCAUGGGGAGAUAGAUGUUUACAUUAUCAAUCAAAAGGGGGAAGUGGAUCUGAAAUCUCAGGAAGGCUCCAUUACUGUCAAGGUACCUGCAACUCUUAAAGCUUAUCUGCAGUUAUCUGGGCGCAAGGUUGAGGUGGAUCCAGAGAUCCAACUACAGGAGACUCAGAAUACCUCCAGGGAGGACCGCGUAACAGUUACAGGCCAUAUGAAUCAACAGGAUAAACAAGGAAAAUAUAUUAAAGCAGAGACAGAAAAUGGCACAGUUCAUCUCAAAAGUCAAACCUGGUUCCAGUCUGUGAAACUUAAGGCCUCAUGAUAGAGCAAAUAAUAUUUACUUAAGAAACAAUGAAGAAAGAUUACUGUAAAUCUUGCCGAAGUGUUUCUGUUGUCUUUGGCUUCAAAUGCUUAGAAAUCAAUGGAAACAACUCCCCCCCCCCGCCCCAACUUGUUUACUGAUCACUUUAAACAGCCAGACUUUGAACAAAUACCCUGAAUAUUAAAAUGCUUAAUCCUGAGGGGGGGUUUCCCCCCUCCACCUUUCUUCUAGGGUGUUGGCCCCAAUUCUCUCCCUCACCUCUCCUGACACCAUGGUGGAGGAAGGUCUCUCCCCACACUGGUCCCCCACCUUUUUAUAGGAAUAUUGGACAGCGAGUCACUGAGGACGAUGCAGUGCAAGAAAGCCUCCACUCAAUGCAGGUUUGAGUAGAGCCAGACUAACACAGUGGAAGCCAGAGGUGCUUCCAGCAGACCUUGGGAGUCAUCACCACCUCGCCUCACCCAUAGGACAGGUGGUUGGCGUUACAUCAAAUCUCCCCAGUGUGCACUCACACCCACAGUGGUAACCCAUCAGCAUUUCUGAGGCCUCUGCAAGUGACAGAAAGAAAGCAGGCCCAUGUUUGCCAGCCUACGAGGCUGGCCUCGGUCAUCUGGAGGGGGUGAGUCAAGCAGCUCCCAAUCUGCUGUGAGGGUCUCCUAAAUCUGCAGAGCAGAUUUUGGUGGCUCACAGGAGGAAAGGGAAGCUCAGUUGCCCAAGCAAUGGUCUGUUGCACUCAAGCACCGACUCCCUCAAUUAUUUACUGAAAAUACUGAUAUAUCACUUUGUAGGCACCCCCCCCAUUCUCUCAAAAUAGCUUUAAAAAGCUUUGUACGAUACAAUCACAUAAACUACUGUAUCAGAACGAGUGAAGCAAGACUAUCAUUUCCAAAGUUGCAUGGCAUAAGGCACAUGAUACAGCUAAGCAGCUCUGCCUUUAGUCAGUGAAUGUGAAAUACUACCAUAUUGGGUUCCAUUAUUGAAGAAAGACAGGACACCUAUGUAACAAUAAAUAAUGUUUA